GGUGAGACGAAUUGCUUGCUUGCAAGAAACAUGCAUGGCUAGUGAUGAUCAGUAUAAAUGCGUUCGUGUCUUUGUGGCAAUUCCAUGACAAGAAAUAGUGCUAGCCUGUCGCAAUGGAAUCAAAGCUCUCAGUGUUCUUCUUGUUGCUAGGUUUCGCAGCAUGUUCUUGUAGCUCUAGCCACCAUGAUCCCUCGGUUGUCGGGUAUUCGCAGGAGGACAUCGCAUUGCCGAAUAAGAUUCUUGAUCUCUUCGGUUCGUGGUCAGUCAAGCAUAGCAAGAUCUAUGCGAGCCCGAAGGAGAAAGUGAAGAGGUACGAGGUGUUCAGGCAAAACCUGAAGCACAUCGUGGAAACAAACAGGAGGAAUGGGAGCUACUGGCUAGGCUUGAACCAGUUCGCCGACGUCGCUCACGAGGAAUUCAAGGCCAGUCAUUUGGGAUUGAGCAUUGGUUUAGCAGGAACAAAUGGAACACGCGCUGCGACGACGUUCAGGUACGAGAGCGCCGUGGAUUUGCCCUGGGAAGUGGACUGGAGAAACAAGGGAGCCGUGACGCCCGUGAAGAACCAAGGAGACUGCGGGAGUUGCUGGGCCUUCACGACGGUGGCGGCCGUGGAAGGGAUAAACCAGAUUGUAACUGGCAACUUGGAGUCGCUGUCGGAGCAGGAGCUGAUGGACUGUGACAGCACGUUCGAUCAUGGCUGCGGAGGGGGUCUCAUGGACUUCGCCUUCGCCUACAUAAUGGGGAACCAGGGGAUCCACACAGACGAGGACUACCCGUACCUCAUGGAGGAGGGCUACUGCAAACGAAAACAGCCUGGCUCCAAAGUUGUCACCAUAAGUGGCUUCGAGGACGUGCCGGAGAACAGCGAGGUUAGCCUGCUGAAAGCGUUGGCUCAUCAGCCUGUCAGUGUGGGUAUAGCUGCAGGGAGCAAAGACUUCCAAUUCUACAAAGGGGGGGUGUUUGAAGGAACGUGUGGAACCGAGCUGGAUCAUGCACUGACGGCCGUCGGAUACGGCUCAUCCGAUGGCCAUGACUACAUUAUCAUGAAGAACUCGUGGGGCACGAGCUGGGGGGAGCAAGGGUAUCUCAGGAUAAAGAGGGGCACCGGCAAACCCGAGGGCGUCUGUGACAUCUACAAGAUUGCUUCUUACCCUACCAAGAGCAACAGUACAGGCUGGGGAGGCUGAUUUUUGUAAACAGCAGAUGUCUUGAGAUUCAUUCAUUCCAAGUGCUAGCACAUGGAAGCAAGAUCAUUUUUUCCCCCGAACACGAAGCGACAUCAUUCAGACUAGUGAUAGCUGUUCUUCGUUC